AGUCUGUCAUGGAAAGAGCAGUUAUCUUUAAUGUUUUGUAAACUCAGUGUACACACACACACUCAUCACCAUGCACACAUCCACUUAUGCUGCUGCUAUAUUGAUUAUUAUUAUCAUUCAUAUUUAUCUGGCUACCAGUCACUUUUUACCCCUGUUUACAUGUACAUAACUACCUCAAUCACUCCAUUACCCCUGUUUACAUGUACAUAACUACCUCAAUCACUCCAUUACCCCUGUUAACAUGUACAUAACUACCUCAAUCACUCCAUUACCCCUGUUUACAUGUACAUAACUACCUCAAUCACUCCAUUACCCCUGUUUACAUGUACAUAACUACCUCAAUCACUCCAUUACCCCUGUUUACAUGUACAUAACUACCUCAAUCACUCCAUUACCCCUGUUUACAUGUACAUAACUACCUCAAUCACUCCAUUACCCCUGCACAUUCUAAUAAUAGUACUGGCACUGACCUGUAUAUAACUGCAUUCUCACAAUUCUUUUUGUAUCUCUCAUGUUUUUUUUCAUGUAUUAUUACUGCUCUGUUGGGAUGAGCUCACAAGUAAGCAUUUUAUUGCCUGGCUGCCCAGACUCCUUUCUCUGGCCAAAUGCUACGCCACAGACAUUAGUUUCUUCUCUGCAAUGAGUCUGGAUCUGAAUACCUGCACACCCUUCACCGAAUGUAAACACAUUCCGGUCCGUCUGAUUGGUCCAGAAUCCGAUGGGUUGGGCCAGAGACAGAACACGCUCCCCUGGUAUGCCCUGUCUCCUCCGGCAGCCCAGCACCUCACCAUGAAUGCUAGCGGGAAUGUCUCCACUGCGGGAAACGCCACAGCUGCGUGGGACGCUGGUGGGGGCCCGGUGGUGCUGGAGUCAGUGUUCAUCGUCACCAUCGCCCUCCUGGCCUGCCUGGGCAACUUCCUCAUCGUGGCCACUCUGUACCGCAGGCCCUACCUCCUCACACCCAGCAACAAGUUUGUGUUCAGCCUGACCCUGUCCAACCUGCUGCUGUCAGUGCUGGUGUUGCCCUUUGUGGCGGUGAGCUCAGCACGGCGGGAGUGGGUGUUUGGUGUGGUGUGGUGCAACUUUACCGCCCUGAUCUACCUGCUCAUCAGCUCGGCCAGUAUGCUCACCCUGGGGGCCAUCGCCAUUGACAGGUACUAUGCUGUACUGUACCCCAUGAUCUACCCCAUGAAGAUCACAGGCAACCGGGCGGUGGUGGCAAUCGCCUAUGUGUGGCUGCACUCCCUGGUAGGCUGCCUGCCACCCCUCUUCGGCUGGUCCUCCUUCGAGUUUGACCGCUUCAAGUGGACAUGCGUGGCGGCCUGGCACCGCACCCCUGCCUACACCGCCUUCUGGGUCACCUGGUGCAGCCUGCCGCCACUGCUCGCCAUGUUGGCCUGCUAUGGCGUAAUCUUCCGCGUGGCACGCCUCAAGGCCCGCAAGGUGCAUUGUGGGACGACGGUGGUCGCGUCUUCAGAAGAAACGUCAUCGGGUGCUCAGAGGAACGACCAGCGUAAAAACUCAUCUACGUCCACGUCGUCCAAUGGAAGCCGGUGGAGUUUAGUGUAUGCUGGGAGCCAGUGCAAGGCUUUUGUCACCAUUAUGGUGGUGAUCGGGACCUUCCUGGUGACCUGGGGCCCCUACGUGGGGGUGGUGUGUACAGAGGCCCUGUGGGGUCAGGGCAGCGUGUCCCAGGGCCUGGAGACCCUGGUGGCUUGGCUGUCCUUCUGCAGCGCCGUCUGCCACCCGCUCAUCUACGGCCUGUGGAACAAGACUGUGCGCAAGGAACUGCUGGGCAUGUGCUUCGGGGAUCGCUACUACCGCGUGGAGUCCUUCGCCACACGCCACCGCACGUCACGCCUCUUCAGCAUCUCCAACCGCAUCACAGACCUGGGCAUGUCCCCUCACCUGACGGCCAUGUUGGUGGGAGGAGGGCAGCUCCUGGCCCCCGGCAGCAGCACUGGAGACACCGGCUUCAGUUUCACUCAGGACUCAUGUACAGACGUGAUGCUGCUUGACAACUUCUCCACAGAUGGCUCCUCCCACAUUGGAAGCGUGGCCGUAAAGAGGCGGAGCUCGGUCACCUUUGAAGACGAGCAACAGCAGAAUUCCAAAGCUGCAGAGAGCACCACCAUCCCUUCUACUGUCCAGGUCCAAGUAGAGAUACACAAAUCUCUGGACACCUUCGCCUCCUGCCUGGCCAGGGCCAUCGAAAGCGACGCUAAGCUCACCCUCUUUGGCGAGGACACACCCCUAUCUGGGGUGUUGUUUGCGGCUGCGGCGAGGGGGGCACAGAGGCCCCGUUACCUUGACGGUCAGAGACUGAGGCUGGAGAGCAUCGAUGAAGGGAUCGUCAAAGACGACAGAGAAGACCAAGAGAGGGAGAAUGCAUAGAACAAAUAUCCCUUUUCUUCUUUUAGGUACCUAAGAGUUUAUGGUACAUUGGGCAUUGCAUACUUUAUAAUCUUUGAACUCAGUACGCACAGUGUAUAUAUUUAAAAUAGACAUUUAUAACAAUGCAAGGCUUCUGCCAGUUACAGUACAUGCCUCUGUAUCUAUUCUCAUGUGAAUAGAUACUUCACAUUUACAAGUGGGCCCAAUGGCCAAUUUUCAUAUGUUGAAAUCUUAAAUAGCAAUACAAACUAAGGACAUUUUUGGACCAAAUGCGUGCCAUAUAUUGAGUGCCUUGCUAGUUGUACUAUAUAUACACCUCUGUUAAAUAGGAAGCCUUAACUACUGUAUCUUGACGGUUCAAUGUUUGUAUUUUCAUUGGAAAGAUUUUGUUUAUGCCUAUGAUAAUGUCUUAAGCCACUUAUUCCUUAUUUUCUUUCCAUGCUUAAAGACUGCCUCUUGCUGUUGUGAACAGAUAAGUGAACAGAUAAGUCUGUUGUGAACAGAUAAGUCUGUUGUGAACAGAUAAGUCUGUUGUGAACAGAUAAGUCUGUUGUGAACACGUCU